GAAGAAGCCUGGGGCUCACCGACACCUGGAUACGUGUCAUCUGAUCUCUUCCCCAGUCAGCAGCGGCAGAAGGCGGACUGCUCACUAGGUGUUCGGCUACUUCUUAUGCCUCGGCCAUUCGCUGGAACAGCUUAAUGUAGGCCUCUGGAUCAUCUUGCAGUCCCAUCUUGGCGAGGGAGGCUUAGGGAGUGGCUGCAGUCACGGCAGGGGUCACUGUGGAAGACCCCUCCUGGGGUACUAAGCUCCGUAACACCUGUCGGUCCUCUGCUUGAGCAUGAACCAGUUUUGGCAGACCACACCUGAUGACCAUAAAAAAUGAAUGUCAAGAACUGAAAGAAGUGGAGAAGAAACAGCAGUAUCAGAAACCCGAUCAUUUCAAAAGUGAAGUAUCUUUUUGUGACUCAAAGACUGAAAAGGAUUUCUUGCAUAAUUCUUUCACCUGCCCUCAUUGUGAAAAGAGUUUCACUCAUAAAGGAAGCCUUAACAGGCACAUGAGAAUUCACACUGGAGAGAAGCCUUACACAUGCAAUCAAUGUGGAAAGAAUUUCAGACAUAAAGGAAACUUUAAUUUCCACAUAAGAACUCACACUGGAGAGAAGCCUUUCACAUGCCAACAAUGUGGAAAAAGUUUCACACACAAAAGAAGAAUUAAGGAGCACAUGAGAAUUCACACUGGAGAAACCCCAUACACAUGCAUUCAGUGUGGAAAGAGUUUCAAACAAACGGGAAGCCUUAAAAUCCAUAAAAGAACUCAUACUGGAGAAAAGCCUUUUCCAUGCCUUCAGUGUGGAAGGAGUUUCAUAGACAAAAGUGCCCUUAAGGAUCACAUGAGAAUUCACUCUGGAGAGAAGCCUUUUACCUGCCCUCAAUGUGGAAAAAGUUUCAGACAUAAAAAAAGCCUCAAUUUUCACAUUGGAGUUCACAGCGGAGAGAAGCCUUUCACAUGUACUCAGUGUGGAAAAGGUUUCUUAAUUAAUGGAAGCCUUAAAAGGCACAUACUAAUUCACACUGGAGAGAAACCUUUUGCAUGCCCCCAGUGUGGGAUGAGUUUCAAAGACAAAACAAGCCUUAAGGAUCACAUGAUAAUUCACUCUGAAGAGAAGCCUUUUACAUGCCCUCAGUGUGGGAAGAGUUUCAUAAGUAAAAAAACGCUUAAAGCUCACAUGAAAUGUCAUUCAGAACAAAAAUUACACCACUGUUCUCAGUGUGGCAAGAGUUUUACACUGCUGGCCUAUUUUAAACAACACCAGAAAAUACAUACUGGUGUGAAAGCUCAUGUGUGCUCUGAAUGUGGAAAAGCCUUUGUCCGAAUCACCACCUUGAAACAGCACCAAAGAGUUCAUACAGGAGAAAAACCUUACAAGUGUUCACAUUGUGAAUGUAGUUUUGCUUGUCCAAAACACCUGAAAACACAUGAGAAAGUGCAUACUGGAGAGAAGACAUAUGACUGCACUCAAUGUGAGAAGAGAUUUAGCACAUUAGGUAAUCUACAGAGACAUUUAAAGAAGAAUUGCCCAAAAUUGUCAUAGUGAAUUUUUUGUUUGUGAAAUUUGUGUAACUUCCAAAGAUGUACUGUGUCUUAAAGAGACUACAAGGGUGAUAUGGUGUUGGAAGCUCAGUAAGCUCAAAACCUUUAUAGGAUGGAUGAAAUUAGAAAAAUAAAUUGUUAUUUUGGUCAUACCUAAACUGCAAAUUUGAAAUUGAAAUUGUUUAUAUGGAAACCACCAGAAAAGUGUUAAAUUAACACUUCUUUUUAAGAAGUAACGUGUUAAAUAUUGACCAUGAUUCAACUCGCUAAACAAUAAAUGUUAAUUUGUAAAUAAAACUGUACCUGGACACUCAUCCAAGGAUUCAGCAGUGUAUUGGUUUUUGGAAAACUUCAGCACACGUUUAAGCACUUUUUAGUCGCUGUUUUGCGGCCCUCUUCAGCCUGUCGUGGCCCGUUUGGCAUAACGCGGCGGCCCAUUCAGUUCCGGUUCUCCCGAUGGCCAGUCCGCCCCUGUUUUCAAUGUGGAAAUGCAUACAUUGUUCACUUUCAAAACCACAUGCAAAAUACUCUUGCUGUUUUUUCCCAAGAGUACAAAAAUGAUGCUGAAAGGUUAGACUAUGAGCCAUGAAUUCAUUUAAAUGUUAAUAGGUAAAUUUCUGCAAAUUAUUGUGUUAAUUAAACAACUGCAAUUAGCAUUAAACAGUUCUGUGAAUGAACAAGGAGUGGAUGUGUUGCAGUUUAUGUCCAUUUUAAGGAGUCCAAGCAUAUCUAUGGAUGAAGUUGUCUUACGUUGUUGCCUCUUUUAUUUUUAGCCACUGUUGCCACAAGGGAAGUUAAUUAAUAUGCUGCAUCUGACAGACUUAAGGACAUUUUAUAGCCAUCUUAGCUUAUGAUAUGCCAAUGAGAAGUCCCUUUCUUUCCUACCCCGUAUCAGGUGCAGUUGUCUGAGCAGCUUUAUCUGAUGGCUGCUUGGCAUUUGUUUUUGUUAGUCCACCAUAAUCCAAUCAAAAAUGUACCAACUUUUCUUUGCCAUGACAGUUAGACAGGAGCCCUGCCAUAAACUGGGGUCCCUGGAAUGCCAUCUUGUCCACUGUUUACUACAAUCUUGUCAAAUAGUAACCACGCAUGGCAGAGGUAAAAAAAAAAAAAGGGAUUGAGUCCUGAUUUUAAUCUCAGAGAUUUUUGAUUCAGAUGGAAAUUAAAUUACUACACAUCUUUGGUGUUUGUCAAAAAUUCAUCCGGGAAUUUUCUUGCGGGUGAUGAGAGAAAAACACAAUUUUUGAUAUGGAUGGCAAUAAAAUCACUGACUACCCCCUGUAAAUGCUGGAAUUACCCCAUAUCCCCAUGUAAAAUAAUUACAGUUCAAAUAGGGGUUAUGACAACUUUGAGCCAUAAGCAUUUGAUGCCCCUGGAUUGUAG